CGCGAUUUGACUUGUUGUUCUUGUUGAAUAUAUUGAUAUAUACAAAAAAUGAGCGACAUUCAUGAAAAAGCAAGAAAUGAAAUAAAAGAUAUUGAUAUGCUAGAAAGUUUUUUCAGUGAUGAUGAUCAAAUGACAGAUAUAAAUCCUGAUUUAGAACAACAACUUCGAGAACAGGACGAAUUUGAUUUAAGCAAUCCCAUCUUUUUAUAUAGAAUGUUUUACAACUCUUUUUUCCCUUAUAAAUCAUAUUUCAAUUGGCUUAAUUAUGAUACAACACCUACAAAAAACUUUACACAUAGAGAAUUCAGUUUUACACUUCCUUCAGACAUUUAUAUUCGGUUUCAAUCAUUUUCUAAUAGUGAAGAGUUAAAAAAGGAAAUAGAAAGAUUACAACCAGCAAAGAUUGAUAUAGGUGCAGUUUACGCAGUAAAACCCAGAAAUAGAAAAACAGUGAGCGAAAAGGCAUUCAAACCAUUAGAAAAAGAAUUAGUUUUUGAUAUUGAUAUGACCGAUUAUGAUGAAAUUCGUACAUGUUGCAGUGGUGGUGAUGUAUGUCUUUUAUGUUGGGAAUUUAUGACAGUUGCCAUCAAGAUAAUCGAUGUAGCACUUCGAGAGGAUUUUGGAUUUAAGCAUAUUAUGUGGGUCUAUUCAGGUCGUCGUGGUGUACAUUGUUGGGUCUGUGAUGAACGAGCACGCAAACUUGAUAAUGAUGCUAGAAAAGCAAUUGUAAACUAUUUAGAUGUAAUUAAGGGUGGUGCACAAAUGUCACGUAAAGUCAAAUUAUUUGCUCCUUUACAUCCUUCAUUAAGACGUUCAUAUCAAAUUGUUGAAAAGCAUUUUGAAUCACUUGUACUUCAAAAGAUGGGUAUUUUGGAUAAACCAGAAAAUUGGAAAAAGUUAUUAGAAAUUAUACCUGAUGCAGAUGUAAGGGAAAAGAUAGAUGAAUCAUGGAGAAAUUAUCCUAAUAAAUCUCCAAAAGAAAAAUGGAAUAUAUUAGUCAACCUUAUUGAAAAGGCGGAUAAAAAGAAACGAUUCAAAAGAGAAAACUUAUGGAGAGAUAUUAUGUUUCAAUACUGUUAUCCUCGACUUGAUAUUAAAGUUAGUACUGCUAUAAAUCACUUAUUAAAGAGUCCAUUCUGUGUUCAUCCAAAGACAUUAAGAGUAUGUGUACCAAUCAAAGUUGAAGAAUGUGAAAAGUUUGAUCCUUUAUCUGUGCCUACCUUAAUGUCUUUAAGAAGAGAAUUAACACUGUAUAAAGAACAGACUAAAAAUAUAACACCUGAUAAAAAGAUGGCUGAUUAUAAAAAGACUUCACUUAAGCCUUAUAUCGAUUAUUUUGAUAAAUUUGUUAUGGACAUAAUUAUUAAUACAAAGAAGAGUAAAAGAGAUGAAGCUGUUAGAUCAAUGGAAUUUUAAUUAUUAUGUAAUACUAAUAAAAAGACUGUGUUUAAACGUAAUAAAUAACAUGUAUACAUGCAAAAAUAAAAAUAAAAAAAA